UGUGCCGCCAUCUUAAGUUCUGGCUGUGGCUUCACGGGGACGUGAAGCUCCUUAGGAUCAGCUUGUGUUUGGGCGCGGGAGACGCGCGUGGACUCCUGGGAAAGAGGAAGGAAGCCGGAAAUCCAAAUCUCAGAAGCUCCUGGAGAUUGGUUCCGCCGCCCUGGCAUGCUUUUCAAAAGCCCGAGUGUCCCCAGGCGGUGACUGGGACACCGGUGGCUCUGGACUGUUGCCGCCGUGGUAGAUCCUGUAGUUUGUGUGGAAAUCCCUAAGACAUGACAUCUAAGAAAUUUGUUAUUAAAUGUGGGAAAUUUGCUAUCCUGGUGGAUCUUCAUAUAUUGCCACAAGGUUCAAACAAAGACACCAGCUGGUUUUCUGAGCAGAAGAAAGAGGAAGUCUGUUUGCUGUUAAAAGAAGCCAUUGAUUCAAGAGUUAAGGAACACUUGGAAGUUCAUAAACAGCAAAAGCCAUCAAGUACAGAAUUCACAAGAUGCAGUCCUUUGUCCUUAAAAGGUUAUGGUUUUCAAAUCACAGCCUAUUUCCUCAAGCGAGGAAUCCACCUUCGCUGCAUUGGGAGACAGAAUACUGCAGUUUCAUCUUUGAGACUACUUGGUAGUACUUCCCUAGACCUGUACAACAGUUUUCUUGUCAUCAAUUCAAAAGAAAAUGACACUUUUAAGAAAAGUGAGGCAAUGGGUUGGGUAGGAGAGCUCUCAUUUCUGAUUGAAUCUUUGUUAUCAUUCCAGACAGAAAGAGCUCUCCAUGGAGUAUCUGAUUAUUUUGCUGAGUGUGCAAAGUCUCCUUCCUCCCAGAGCAAACGCAAGAGAAAUACUCUGAAAGAAAUUGUGAAAAGAACUAAAACAAAAGGCAGCACUGUGAGCAAAUCACAGACCAGAAGAGACACUGUGGUGACAUCUAGGGACUCGGUGACUGCAGAGGCACCAAGGAGGAGGGCUGAUGGCACCUCGCCCAGCCCACUGUCAGAGUCUGUGGGACAAACAAAGGAUUACAUAAAGACAGCAGAGAACAACUGCACAAAACUGGAAAAUGUUAAUCCAGCCUAACCAGAAGACACCAACAGCCAGCAAAAACCUCAUCCCGGGGAGCAGUUCGAGACAGAACCUCUAAGUGGGAGCCCCGUCUGUAGCUGUGAGUCAGCACCACCAGGUCCAAAGCAAAGUCCACGAACUGCCAAAACAUAACAGAAACUCAGGAACUGUGGCUCUGUGGAAGACUCCGACCACCACAGCAGAGUUUUUCUUGGAAGUGAUCAAUUAGUCCCAAGAGAAAUGAGAGUGGAAAAAGCAUAGCUGUCAGUGUUUUACCAGCUUCAGCGUUGUCAGAUCCGGGGUUACUUCUAAAGCAGAAUUUGGCCAAAGAAGAGCUGUGUGUUUUGGAAAAAUUUUCUCCUCCAGACAUCUUGCAAAAAAUAACCCAGGGCAGGCACAGCAAACCAGCUGAGCCACAAACAAUGAAAGCUUAGCUACCAUCCACAGCCGCCCAACAGAGAAAUGAAAGAAGUGGCAAAGUUGUAGUUGAAGAUACAGUGUCCAAAUCUGUGAUAAAAGAGCUAUGUGUAUAGUUGCUGAUACUUAGGAAAUAAUUACAAUGACCCUGUCAAAUAAAAACUUUAUAUUUGUGCUACA